UUCAUGUGCGUGGUACUUCUUCAGAUGCAGCUUUUGCUCAAUGCUUUAUUUUGGGUGUUGUACAGACGGAAAAUUCGUUCUAUUUCUCCUAGGCGCCAUCGGAGUCGAUCUGUUACUCCUAAGCGACGUUCUCCAACACCAAAACGUUACAAAAGACAAAAGAGUAGGAGCUCCUCUCCGUCUCCUGCAAAAAGAUCUCCUGCCACAACCCUUGAGGCAGCUAAACAGAGGAAUGUAGAAAAACUAAUAAGAGAGGAGGAAGAGCGGAAAAGGCGACAGCGGGAAGCGGAACUGAAGCUAAUAGAGGAAGAAACUAUGAAACGGGUUGAAGAAGCUAUUAGAAAGAAGGUUGAAGAAAGCUUACAGUCAGAGAAAAUCAAAAUGGAAAUUCUGACGCUGUUGGAGGAAGGACGGAAGAGACUAAAUCAAGAAGUCGCUGCUCAACUUGAGAAGGAGAAGGAGGCUUCUCUUGUCGAGGCUAAAGACAAAGAGGGCGUGAGGCGGUGUUUGUCGCAGGAAAGAGAGCAACAAGAGAGAGAAGAAAUUGAGAGAAUAGAGGAAGAGAAGCGUCAGAAAGUGGAAGAAGCUCAGAGAAAAGAAGCGAUGGAGAGGCAAAGGAAGGAGGAGGAACGUUAUAGGGAGCUCGAGGAGCUGCAACGACAGAAGGAAGAAGCGAUGCGAAGGAAGAAAGCUGAAGAGGAAGAAGAACGUCUGAAACAGAUGAAACUGUUGGGUAAAAACAAAUCGCGCCCUAAGUUGUCUUUUGCCUUGAGCUCCAAGUGA